AUGCCGGCCGUCGCCCACUCGAAAUCGUCUUCCUCGAAUAAAGGGCGGGCUGUGGGUUUCCUCAAAGAUCCCGUCAGCGCGGUGUCACGACCUCUCGAUUCUGCAGAAAGUUGGGCGGCGUAUGACUUCGAGAUGCACGCUCGAAAGUGUGCGUAUUGUCACAAUCCUUACGAGGUUCAUCGAUCUCAUGAGCAAUUAUGCGAGCAAGGUCAUCGCUUAGCUCAAGAAGUGGCUCGAUAUAUAUAUCAAAGAGUGGACGGAGAAAUAUAUAGUACAGUUGAAGAAGACCACAAACUGGUUCGGGUCGAGAUUCCGGAGGAAUAUCAGCAGGUUCGCGGACUGCUCAAAGCUAUUGAACGCAGUCUCCGUCAUCGAAGCCGGAAUCUGUUCGUUGCAAUGGAUAGAACGUACUACAUUGCUUCCCGUACGCCUCAAAGAGCAUGUUCGGUCAAAGUAGAACAAACUGAGGCGAAGCCACGACCACGGUCUGGCGAAAUCAUCGACUGGCCCAGGGCUUCUAGCCCACCGUCCAAGAUCCUUGGCGAGGCGAGUGCUAUUAGGUUUAAACAGGGCAAUCUCUAUGAGCGAGACCUCGCGGCCCAGCGCCGUAGUGCAAACCGGUUUCCAGUGGAGGUUAGAAAACCGUCAUCGCAG